GCCUACCCUGUCUAUGCCUACUCCUACCUCUGUAUAAUAGUUGUGCUACUCAUCACAGACCUGGUGUUCUACAAGCCUACGAUAUCACUCGGCAUCUUGGCCCUCAUAGCCUACACAGCUCUCCUCAUGUGGGGCCGCAGCCUACUAGUCAUACAACUGUCUAUAUUCACAGCAGCCUUCAGUUCGACGACCGAUAUUGCAUACUUCGCCUAUGCUUUUGCUGUAGCCGAGCCCGAAAAGUUUCACAAGGUUGCAGGAUUCUCCUGAAUAGCUUUGCUUCUGGGGAGAUUGCUUGCUUGUGGUACAGGACAGUUGAUGGUACAGGUGUUCCACACAGAUUACUUUGUGUUGAAUUGUCUCACGCUUGGAUUCGUGUGUUUGGCAUUUGUGGUUUCCAUGUUUCUUCCGUCAGCUUCACUCUCAACAUUCCAACAGGUGAUCGAACGGGAACUUCAGAGCCCCGGUAAUGGCAUGUUUCAGACUCAAAACCUGACACAUAGAGGUAGCCAUGGCAACUUAUCAAUUCAAAACAGUCACUUACAAGGGGAGACAACUCAUGCAAAAAGGGCAGGUAACUCUGUCAUCAAAACCUAUGACCUUCCCGGAAGUAGUAUAGACUCGUCUGUACUACCGUACGCUACGGGACCAACCUUCUAUGACAUUGACACAAGCUCUCUGGGUUUCUCGUACAAUGAUAUGAUGUCCGAGUGCUCGGACAUGUCCAGUCUGGACAGAACUAGACUUGAGGAAUCACAGCAGCUGGAGGACAAGGACAAAGAGAAUUUGAAGGAGAAGUUUAUGUUAAGUGUGAACUCCUUUAGAGAAACCUAUACAGACAUGUCUGUGAUUCUGUGGUCAGUGUUUUGGAUACUUGCGACAAUUGUGGACUUUCAAGUGGGAGCCUCGGUUCACCUUCUGGGAGAGGAGCACGAAGCACGGAACUCUACAGAUGCCACUGUGGAAUCGGUAUAUCUCCUAAUUGCAAUAUUCUGUGUCCUUCUCACGAGCUUCCUGACAGUGAAUUGGCCGAAUUUUGAAACAUUCUUCCUGGGAGGUACAUCACUUGUACAGAGCCUGCUUGUGGCUUUGAUUGCCGUCCUUGACAACGUCUGGAUGCGACGCUCGCUGUACAUCGCCUGCAGGGUGCUCUACCAGAUGACCAUCACCAUAGCGAUGUAUCGAGUGGCUACUUUUAUCAGUGGCAAACGGUUUGCGUUCGUGUUUGGUAUCAACAUGAUGGUGUCUGGCAUCAUCAUCCUCAUCUUCACCUGUGCUGCAGCCAUCAACAGAGACACAACCUUCACGGCCUUAUCCCAGUUUGCCAUUUACUCAGGCAUCAUCGGAUUCUUCGGUCUGGUGAUGAUCUGCAGAUCGGUCUACGGAGUCAUUCUGCAGAGCAGAUGUGGCACCUCAAACCAGACCAGAGAUGACCUUGACACUUUAGUGAGAGAUUGACCUUGACCUUGAAAUCUGACCUCAUAUGCACAAAAGAGUGUAGUUUCUGACUUAGUCAGUAUAGCACUGUCCAUAUGGUGCCCCUUUGAAAGCUAUGUGAUAUUUAAGUAAUCAAAAUCUAAGUCAGUGAAUUCUAUUUCAGCCGUACCUGUGUCCUAAUUCAAGUGUCUGGCAAUGUCUUGUAUGCCUGGUUUCAGUUUAAGUCAUGUUUACAAUACAUCAGGGAAAUUAUGUUCAGAAAAUCUCUGCUAGAAAUAUGACUUUGCAUCAGCUUUCUGGCUUAUUGGGGCAAGGGUGACACUUAUAUCCCAGUCUCGGAUCCUGGACGUGAAUCCCAUAUUCUUUCUGAUUACGAUUCUUUGUUUUUGUCAGAAAUACUAUAGUUCUUGCUUCAGUGUUGUUGUCCUUGUCCAAGUGUCCAGUGUUUAGGUAUAAUGAUAAUAAUAAUAGUAGUCCAUUUAUCAUGCACAUUUCUCCAUGCACAAUGCAUGCUCGAAGCACCCAAACAAUCUGAUUAUUAUUACCCCAGAUAACCCAUUCUACCUGUGAGGCCCUAGAAGGAUAGUGGUUACAUGACUUAUCCCACCGGGUACCCAUUUUCUGCUGGGUGAACAGAGGCAAUUUUGAACAAACUCACUUGCCUAAGGUGAGACCACAUGUCUCAUGUGCUUUGUUGUGGGGCAGGUCUGAAGUCCUAGAAACUCUCAGGAGUCAAGCUGCCAAACACGGUCACCCCUCCGAGCACUGUCCGCACCUAAUGUUGCUUAACUUCACCUGAUUCAUUAUCAUUAGUCCUUACAGGAAUAAACCAUCUUUAAGAGUAAUAGUCUUUCCCCAAGGCAUUUUUAGCAGGGCGCAGAACCCUGCCCUAUUUAUUUGGCGCCUGCUCUUCUUUUUAAUACAUUGUCAAUGAUUGAUAUCAACUGUUGAUGGUUUUAUUGUUUUCAUGUUGAAGAGAAAUACCAUAUAUUACCGUAGAUAAGUCG